AACUCUAACGGGGACAGAUUUGGCUACGCUGAUAUUGAAUCCAGGUGUUUACAAUUUUACAACGUCAGCCAUUACCCUUUCAGGUAAUCUAACAUUAAAUGGUACCGGUCCGUUUGUCUUUCAAAUCAGUACGACAUUCAUAACAUCGAAUAACUGUCACAUUAUCUUACUGAAUGGCGCAACUGCGUCUCAUAUCUAUUUUCAAGUCGGCUCAAGUAUUACAAUCGGAACUGGAUGUAUAAUAAACGGACUAUUGCUCGCUGGCACAAGUAUAACAGUUAAUGGUGCUACUGUGAAUGGCGGUUUGUAUGCGAAAGAUGCCGCUGUAACAAUAACACAAUCAUCUAUUAUCUUAGCCGUUACACCAUAUUGUUAUAUAGGACCAACGGUCGUAACAGUACCUGAUUAUACCACUUGCAGCACGGUUCAUCAUUCAGCUGGUAGUCAUCGUGUUAACAUUAUCCAUUUCGUUCUUUUAGCUCUUGCUAUAGCUUUCAGUACAAUAACUGUUUAA